AUGGCCGAAAAGUUGGAAGCCAUAGGCAGACCGGGAGGAUGUAAGUGGGAUGAUGGAUCCGACCAUGAUGGAGUCUCCAAGAUUUGUGUACAAGGUGGUCCUGACGGCAUUCAGAGUAUCCAUUUCGAAUACGUCAAGAGUGGACAAGUAAAAACUGGAAAACUCUUUGGUGUUUGGGAAGAUGGUUUCACACAAACGAUUGAGAUUGACCAUCUUAACGAUGAACAUCUCGAAUCAGUUGAGGGUUACUAUGAAGAAAAAUCUGGUAACAUUAAAGGACUUCAAUUCAGAACAAAUUCCAAGGUCUCUGAACUGGUUGGAUAUGGCAUAGGUACCAUGUUUUCACUUUCAGUCAAAGAAAAAAUUAUCACUGGGUUUCACGGAUAUACAAGAAGGCAGACUUUGCCACUAUUAAACUCCCUUGGAGCAUAUUUCACAUGGAAUCCUCCUAGAAGAUUAGAAGCCAAAGGCGGAAAAGAAGGCACGCAAUGGGAUGAUGGACCACACCAUGAAGGUAUAGCAAAAAUUCAUGUAAGAGGUCGUUUUGAAGGCAUUCAGUACAUCAAGUUCGAUUAUGUCAAGAACGGACAACCUAUAGAUGGAUUAAUCCACGGUCUCUCGGGUAGAGGUUUCUUGCAAGUAGUAUGUAGUGAAACUUCCCUUUUUCUCAUUAUUAACUUGUUUUCUAACCGAUUUUGUUAA